CACCUCUUUCUCCAGGCACCGCCGUCAUGAACGUGCAGGUGAUGCCCGAGCACAAGCUGGCAUCGGUGGCCCCUCUGAAGCCGUACGCCGUGGAGAAGAAGGAUGUGGAGCUCAUCCUGGUCAAAGAGCGCAACGGCUUGCAGUACACGAGCUCGCGCACGUGCACCGAGACGCCGGAGCGCGAGACGUGGGGCAAGAAACUGGACUUCUUGCUCUCCGUCAUUGGCUUCGCCGUGGACCUGGCCAACGUGUGGAGGUUCCCUUAUCUGUGCUACAAAAACGGCGGAGGGGCAUUUCUGAUCCCGUACAUUAUGUUCCUGUUCAUCGCGGGAAUGCCACUGUUUUACAUGGAACUGGCUUUGGGUCAGUAUAACAGAGAAGGGGCGGCCACUGUGUGGAAGAUCUGCCCAGUUUUCAAAGGCGUAGGUUAUACCGUGAUCAUCAUAGCAUUGUAUGUGGGCUUCUACUACAACGUCAUUAUAGCAUGGUCUCUGUACUACCUGUUCUCCUCAUUCACGAGUGAGCUGCCAUGGCAGCACUGUAACAACACAUGGAACAGCCCCAUGUGCAAAGACCCCAAGCUCAUCAAUGGCUCCUCUUUCCUGGGAAAUGCGACCUAUGCCAAGUACAAGCGGACACCUGCUGCCGAAUUCUAUGAACGAGAAGUACUGCGCAUCCAUGAGAGUCAAGGCAUCCAUGACCUGAAAGAACCUCGCUGGGAGCUGUCACUUUGCCUCGUCGUGGUUGUCUUUAUUCUCUACUUUAGCUUGUGGAAGGGAGUAAAGUCUUCUGGAAAGGUGGUGUAUAUCACUGCCACCAUGCCCUAUAUUGUACUUCUGGUGCUGCUGAUCCGAGGCAUCACACUACCAGGUGCUAUGAAUGGAAUCCGUGCAUACCUCCACAUUGACCUCAAUAAACUCAACAAUCCUCAAGUUUGGAUAGAAGCCGCCACACAGAUUUUCUACUCUCUUGGGGCGGGUUUCGGUGUGCUUAUCGCCUUUGCCAGCUACAAUAAAUUUGACAACAACUGCUAUAGGGAUGCCCUCCUGACCAGCACUAUAAACUGCGUCACCAGUUUCUUCUCAGGGUUUGCCAUCUUCUCGGUGCUGGGCUACAUGGCUCAUGAGCAUGGCGUCAGCAUUAAGGAAGUGGCCACAGAUGGGCCUGGGCUUGUGUUCAUUAUCUACCCGGAGGCCAUUUCCACUCUCCCUGGUUCGACGUUCUUUGCCAUAUUCUUCUUCAUCAUGCUUCUAACCCUAGGCAUUGACAGCUCUAUGGGUGGCAUGGAAGCAGUCAUCACUGGACUCACAGAUGACUUCAAGAUCCUAAAGAGAAACAGGAAGCUGUUCACCUUCAUCACAGCAUUCGGGACCUUCCUUGUUGCCUUAUUGUGCAUUACAAAAGGAGGGAUCUAUGUCUUCACCUUACUGGACCACUAUGCCGCAGGGACAUCCAUUCUUUUUGGGGUUCUUGUGGAAGCCAUAGGAGUGUCUUGGUUCUAUGGGGUGGACAGAUUCAGUGAAGACAUUGAACGGAUGAUGGGCUUCAAGCCAGGACUCUACUGGAGGCUUUGCUGGAAGUUCGUCAGUCCUAUUUUUCUGCUGGUUGUGGUGAUUGCCAGCAUUGUCACUGACAACAAUAUGGAAUAUGAAGGCUAUAUCUUUCCUAGCUGGGCGACCUUGUUGGGCUGGGGCAUUGCCCUUUCUUCUAUGAUCUUCGUACCACUCUAUGCUAUCUACAAGUUCCUCAGUUUGCCAGGCACCUUCAAGCAGAGAAUAGCAUACUGUAUUACACCAGAGCACGAACAUCACCUGGUGGCAGAGGGAAAUGUCAGGCAGUUCAAGCUCAAACAUUGGCUUGCGAUCUGAUGUUACCACUGGUGCUGAAAUACCACUGAAAAUCCCAGGCGGCUGAUGUACCACAUGUGGACCCUGAGAGAAAUGUGCCUCCAAUGAAGUAGACAAAGCCAAGCGAUGACUUCUGAGUGUCUCAACCACGUACACUAUUGUCUGCACAACUCUGCUUCUGUCCUGUGGGUCUCUUUUUCUCAUUGGUGGAGAUUUUUUUUUAUUAUUAUUAUUAUUAUUAUUUUAACAUUGCGCCUCCAAAACCUCAUUUUUGUAUUAUUUAUGACCUUUUUUUUAAAAAAAAAUAAUUGUACAUUUUUCUAAACUUCAUCUAAAAUUGCAAAACAUUUAAUUUUUCCAAAGAUAAUAAUAUAACAAGUCACAUGUCGCAUAUUAUCUCUCCGUCUGUCUUUGUGGUAUGUAUGUAUCAGCAUGUGUCUCCUGUAUGAGGGCAUGAACAGGAACUAACACACAAUUCUUUCCUAUAUUUUUUUGUAUUUAUCAAUCUCUUUUGGCCAGACACACUUCCUAAAUAAUGUUAGGCUUUAAUGGCACAAGGAGCCCAAACAUUCUUGUGUGUCCCAUAGCAGCAGUAAAAGUGUAUCCUGACACCAGUGUUUUUGCUUUGUUGACACACACCACUGUGUCAGUGCCUUAUCAAGAAUGCAUAAUGGCCACUUACUGACAUUUAUAAUCUGCUUCAAGAAGACCAAAAUGGGUUUUUACACUGACCUAUGCAUUAUUAUUACAGAUACUAUGGUAAGGACACAAUAUUUUAGGAUAAACUAGAUAGCAAAGAUUCCAUAAAAAGUACACAAAAAAUAAUUGCAAAAAAAAGCUAAAUGAAUAAUAUUAAAUAAUAAUAUUAAUAGUAAUAAUUGGUCCAAAGAUGAGAAAAAGAGUUAUAAGACAAAAUAUUAGGUCAUGUAUAUGAUAUAAAAUGCCACAUCAUGCAAUAUUAUAAUGAAUAUUUAUGUUCAGGUGCACUGUGCCAAAAAAUGUAAUAAUAAUAAUUAUAUCAAACAAAAACAAAAGCUCAUGUUAUGUUCUAUACUGAUCGUAAACAGGAUUGUUUUAAAGCUCAUAUUUAAUUUUAUUAUCUUUAAAUGUAAAGUUGGGUCUACACAUUAAAGGAAUGUAUAAAAGUGGUUUUAGUUUCAUUAUAGCCUGGGAGAUUUAUAAAUAUCAUUAAACAUUCUACCCAGUAAAUCAGAUUAUUUGGGUUAAGAUUUUCAAGCAAUUAUGUCUAAUAAGAGUAGAAAAGUAAAACUUAAAUUGUUAUUUGAGUUUCGUUUUAUGCUUGAAGCGAUUGCACAGGAAAGUGGAAGCUCAGUGGUAAAGACUUUGGAUUACUGAAGGCUGUGAGUUCAUAUUCUCUAUAUUCCAGCACCACUAAGUUGCCACUGCUGGGCCCGUGAGUAAAGGCUCCUAACUUUGAACUGCUUAGUAUAAAUGGGAUGAGAUGUAAGUCGCUCUGGAUAAAAGAGCGUCUGCCAAAUGCCAUAAAUGUAAAUGCAAAAAGAGCUCUAUUUCAUGUGUUAGACACAUACAUCGGCCAUGCUCGUAUCAGAAUGUCUCCCUGAUAAAAGUGUGUGUGUGUGUGUGUGUUUUAGUUAAACAAUUUGUUGAGAAUUGCUCUCAGGUCAAAUUUGUGUUGCACCCCUAGUUCAAGGAAAAAAUAAAUAAAUAAAAACACCUAUUUCCUUGUAAUUCACUUAGAACAAUCCAACAGCGUUAGAAGUGCCAAAUUUCUUCUUGCGUUUUUCUAUAUCUAUAUAGCCACGGUUGUGGUAUCUAGAUAUACGAAUCAAUAAAUAUAUUCCUAUAUAUAAAUAUAUUCUUUUGUUAUAUAUCUAAUCUUGUAUUUAUCAGAUUCUUUAUAAUGAAACGUGAAUGUAAAGUAUUUUAAAUGUAGGCUGUCUACUGUAAUAUUAUGUGUUUGAUGUAAGUAAAGGUGAAAGUGUAAAAAAAACAACCACAAAGAAUUAAAAAUUAUAUAUUAAAUAUGUUCUAUGUAACUGGAGUGGAUCUUCCACAACAAGGUAAACUGAUCAGCCUGGUGUUUCUGAGCAAUGUUUACAGAUUGAGUACAAAUUCAAAUGUCCUGUUCAUAGCUAAUAGAUAUCUAUAAUGAUGUAAAAAUACGCACAUCAUUACAAUAAAAAAGGUUUCAACA